UUUUCUAUCUGCAACUUUAUAUAGAAAGAGAAUCUCUUCUCCUCAGAACACAGUACCACACACAAAAGAGAUCAUACUUAGCAGAAAAUAAAGAAGGAGGGAAUGGAGGCCUUCAUCAAAAUGAGAAGUGCAGAAGCAUUCAAAUUCCAAUCCCUCUCCCUCAUCUGGAGACUUAUUCCCUGCACAUUCCUAUCACUACUUUGUUUAUACUUCUACCCUCACUUCAAUCAUCCAUCUCCACCAACUGAUCAACGUCAUCAUUCCUACCCCUCCUUUCUAUCUGCUCCUCUCCUUUCUCCUCCUCUUUCUUAUUCAGGUGUUUUAUUGGCAGAAAAUGACAAAGGUUACAAGAGACAAUGUGAUUACUUUAACGGCAAAUGGGUUCCUGAUAGCAGAGGCCCUUUGUAUAAUGGUACAACUUGUGGUACGAUCCAAAAAAGCCUCAAUUGCAUCACCAAUGGCAGGCCAGACUCUGAAUAUCUUUAUUGGAGAUGGAAACCAAGGAGGUGCAAUCUUCCAAGGUUUGAACAAGAGACUUUUCUCCAACUCAUUGAGAACAAGCAUAUAGCUUUUGUUGGGGAUUCUCUAGCUAGGAACCAAUUAGAGUCCCUUCUUUGCAUGUUAGCCCCUGCUUCAACACCUAAACUUGACCUCUCUAAAGGUUUAGGUUGGUGGCAUUUUCCUUCUCACAAUGCAACCUUAUCAUUAUAUUGGGCCCCAUUUCUUGUGCAAGGUGUUGAAAGACAACUCAAAGGGCACGGGCAACGUCACAAUACAAUGUUUUUGGAUCAAGUCAAUGAGAGUUGGGCUAUGGAUAUGAAUCAAAUGGAUUUAAUUGUGCUUGGAUUUGGAAAUUGGUUUGUAAACAUUCCUUCUGUUUACUAUGAGGGCGGUUCAGUUUUGGGUUGUCAGAACUUUCCUAAUCAUAAUUGCACUGAUAUUGGGUAUUAUGUCCCAAUAAGAAAGGCUUUAAGGACUGCUCUUAAUAGCAUAAUUGAAAGGAAAGCAGCCAAAGGAAAUGGAGGUGGUGUCAUUGUGAGAACAUACUCACCUUUUCACUUUAAAGGUAGUUGGGAUAAGGGCGGUAUUUGUUCAAUGACUAAAUUUUAUCAAAAAGAGGAGAAGAUACUUGAACAAAGGGAUGCUGAGAUUAGAAAGAUUGGAUUGGAAGAAUUGAAAAAUGCUAAGGAAAAGGCCAAUAAAAAUUUUAGAAAGUUUAGGUUCGAGGUGCUAGAUGUAACCAAAUUAGCAUCAAUGAGACCGGACGGGCAUCCAGGUGCUUAUAGGAAACCAUUCUCAUUUGCGAAAGGGGCCGUAAAGAACGCGCGAAAUGAUUGUACUCAUUGGUGCUUGCCGGGGCCUAUAGACACCUGGAAUGAGAUUUUUCUUGAGAUGAUGAAGAAGUGGAAAGAAUAGCUCUUUUUUUUUUUGAGAUGUGGGAGGAAUAGCUAAUGAGUGAGGCAUUCCUCCUAUCUUUUUGUAAUUAAUUUAUGAACAACUUCUUGUUAUCGUUACUAGUUACUAGUUAUAUGCUUAUAAAAAAAAAAUCGUUACUAGUUAUAGUUGCUAUCUUUCA